UCCUGCGUCGAUCCAUCACUCACUCGGUCGGCAAAUCGUCACGAGUGAUCCUUGCCACUCGCAUCUUCGUCUUGAAACGCUGGUUGAGGCCCGCAUGAUAGUGCAGGGUGCUUCCCCGGCUCGAUCACUUACUCCAGGCUUUUAUACCACCCUAUUGCGCAAGCAAGGCACGCUGUCACUCAGCCUGACGCUCUGGUCGUCCACUCUUCUUCCAUCUAUCCCACACUGGUGUCGCAGCUGAUAACAGCGCAUGGCUCGUGGUCUUUCCUCCACGCUCGCAGAUAAGACAGGGACUCUCUCUGCUUCUCACACAUCGGUCUCUGCUUCUCACACAUCGGACGUUCAUUUAGUCCUUACCCGAUUACCAACAAAGAUGCUACAGCCUGCAUUUCGAAGUCAGAAUUACAUUGUCAAGAGACAUCACCGUCCUUAUCUUGGUGCCGGAGCCGAUUCGACGGACUCUCGCUGAGCGUCAUAUCAACUAAGCUAUCGGAGGAGCAUUCAUCGGGUUGCGGCCACAUCUUUGAAGAGAUGACAGAGACACUUCAUCCAACUGCGGGAUUUUCAGCGGAGGCACGCAUGCCCCGCGUACCCCACACCCCGCCAUAUACACCCGUGCGCAAUACGAAGCGCAGACUGGAACACAGCAACUCACCGGCAUCCUCUCGUGCGGCGUCUGUCCACCCGACUGAGACAGUCAGCCCUGCAAAGAAGGUUGCCAGACAGUCUUCGAACGACGACAUUACAGUGGAGGAGCUCGUCGAAGGCGAUACUGGCUACGAUGUCGGUGGCGUGUACCCCGACGGACUGGAAGAGGCUAUCAGCGAUAGCGACAACGACUGGGAGACGACAUCUGAUAUCAGCGACCCUGAGACGACCACUGGUCUCAGUCAAGAAUUUUCUCAGUUGCUCUCCAGCAGUCCAGAAGCCGAUUUCGAGCAACUGCGCAGGCAGCGACGUCGACACAGGCGAACCAACUCUCGAAUCUACAAACGAUCGCACAGCCAGAGUGUUGCAAACGAAGCGACUGUGACUGACGUUGAAGCUAUGGCGGAUCACGAUGUUAUUGGCAGUCAGCGAAGGCUGAGAAGAAGGACGCGUGGACCGCAAGAUGCUCCCGUCGAAUUCUCGGGCCUCGCAAAGAGCACUUCGGCGACUGAUCCUAUUAUUGCUGAUGCCGACGUCGAAUCUGACGAGACUAUCGAGCAUGAUGCCAACGAGUGCUCAGGUAUGGAUGUCGACGACUCCAAGGUAGCGGUGGAUGAAUGA